ACCACCAUGGCGCCAACUCCUCACCUUCUCUGCCUCCUGGCUCUGUUGAUGGCAGGCCUGGCCCAAGGCCUCGGGGACUCCCGCAGGGCCCAGGAGCCAGGCCCUCGGCCACUGGAGCUUAAAGAAGUCUUCACGUUGUUCCUGAUCCAGUACAACCGGACUUACUCAAGCCCUGCAGAGUACGCUCACCGCCUGGUCAUCUUUGCCCACAACCUGGCCCAGGCUCAGCAGCUGCAGGAGGAGGACCUGGGCACAGCCGAGUUCGGGGUGACCCCGUUCAGUGACCUGACAGAGGAGGAGUUUGACCAGAUCUAUGGGCAUCGGAGGGUGACUGGAAGGGUCCCCAGUGUGGACAGGGCAAGGUCUGAAGAGAGGGAGAAAUCAGUGCCCCGCACCUGUGACUGGCGGAAGGCAGCUGGCGUCAACUCCCCUGUCAGGGACCAGAAAAACUGUGCAUGCUGCUGGGCCAUGGCGACAGCAGGCAACAUCGAGGCCCUAUGGGCCAUCAGAUCCCAGCAGUCCGUGGAAGUCUCUGUGCAAGAGCUGCUGGACUGUGGCCGCUGUGGGAAUGGCUGCAGCGGAGGCUAUCCCUGGGAUGCAUUCAUCACUGUCCUCAACAACAGCGGCCUGGCCAGCGAAAAGGACUACCCGUACCGGGGGGACGCCAAGACCCAUAGGUGCCUGGCCAGAAUGCACAAGAACGUGGCCUGGAUCCAGGAUUUCAUCAUGCUGCAGAACGACGAGCAGACCAUCGCCAGGUACCUGGCCACCCACGGCCCCAUCACCGUGACCAUCAACAAGAAGCUCCUGCAGCAAUACCAGAGGGGCGUGAUCAAGGCCACACCCAAAACCUGCAACCCCCAGCAUGUGGAUCACGUGGUCCUGCUGAUAGGCUUUGGCAAGAGCAAGGCGGCAGCAGGAAUGCGGGCGGAGGCGCCCCAGUCUCAUCCUCGCCGCACCACCCCAUACUGGAUCCUGAAGAACUCCUGGGGGGCCAGCUGGGGCGAGGAUGGCUAUUUCCGGCUGCACCAAGGGAGCAACACCUGUGGCAUCACCAAGUACCCACUCACUGCCCGCGUGGCUCAACCAGCUAAGAAGCGCCCAGUCUCCUGCCCACCCUGAGCCCCGCCCUGGCAGCCCCUCAGCUCUCUUUCACUAUACCAGCUGCCUCCUCGCUGGCCCCACCCAAAGCUUUUUGCCUGCCCUCCCGAUCCCUUGGCUACAGCCUGAAUAAACCCAGACGGGAU